UGCCUUGCGAGACACGACAUCCAGCCCCGAAGGAGAUUUUUCUAAGGCGAUUUCCUGAUGUAUUUGUGAUCGGCGGAAGGGGAACGCGUCAAGGAUGAGUGAGGCUGAGAAGAGGAGAGUCGCCCCGAGUCCAGGAAAGAAGAGGAACCAGCAGGGAUACCGAGCUAAAGUGGUGGAGGGGAACUUACUUGAUAUGGGAAAUGUCUUAAGUGGCUGGGAUAAAAAGAAUUUUGACUUGGAGCCACAAACAACAGUGAAGACAGGUGCAUCAGGACUAAAGACAGAAAGAGACCAGCCCAGCGAGAGCAUUGGCCAAACUCCACAGCACAAUGGCAGCACUGUGAAGGAUGAAGCAACAGUCAGCAUUACACCCCCUGCCUCCGAAGCUGGCAACGAUGAGGACUUGUUGGUUCCUGGUUUCGAAACAGGCAAACACUUGCAAAAAUUAGCAGAGUCUUCUAAAGCUCGAAUGCCAGAAAAGAAAAGACGCCACAGGCAUUCGGAAGGCCCCCAAUCACCAAAGAAUGUUAAACGACCGCGCAGAAGUCUCAUUGAAGAUUACCUUACAGUCGUAGACAAGGAGCAGAACCAGGAACUAAACGGCAAGGAACAGUCUCAGGAGGAGGAGGAGGAGGAGGAAGAAGAGGAAGCAGAGUAUGAAGUUGAGACCAUUGUGAGCUUUAAGAAGAGUGAGGGUCAGUACUUUUACAAUGUAUUAUGGCGAGGCUAUGGUCCGGAAGACAACACCUGGGAACCUUCAGAGAACUUGACCAGCUGUGCGGAACUUCUUGUUGAUUUUUACAAGGCAAGAUUUCUGCAUAGAGAUAAGCUGACAUCAGAAGAAGAGUUCAGCAGCUAUCCACUGCCCAGUGACCCAAGUACAAAGAAUCUACAGCGGGAGGCAAUCCUGGCCAUUGCCUCUGACCCAGCUAGGCAGAAUUUGGAGAAAUCACUGAAGGUCUUGUUAUCUCCAAAGCCAGUGGUUCCUAAGAUGGAGAUUAAAAUUAAUGAAUUAGCUGACAAAGUUAUUGCAGCGAGAAAGAGGGAGAGAUACGAUAAACUAAUACAGACAUUAGUGGAGCACGUAACAGUAAGAGAGGUAGAGACGAAGCGCAAAAAGCAGUUAGCUGAACUACGGAUGUGGGAGCGAAAAAUCAAUUCAGUGUGCAGUGACCCUGCUAAACUGACUGUGGAGAAUAAUGUUGACCUUGAACUUCCAGCAAUGAACUUUAUUUACAUCAAUGAACUAAGAGCUGGACCAGGUGUAACAAUCCCAUCAGAACCAGUGCUUGGCUGUGAGUGUGAAGACUGUUUCAACAAUUGCAAGUCCUGUUGUCCUGACCAGAUGAAUUCCUGGUUUGCCUACAAUAAGUAUGGGAGAUUAAAAGUAUCGCUUGGCACACCAAUCUACGAGUGUAAUAAGAGAUGCAAAUGCAACGCACAUUGCUUAAACCGAGUGGUACAAAAAGGAAGGAACGUCAGCCUAAGCAUUUUCCGGACUGCAAAUGGCUGUGGUUGGGGUGUCAAAGCAAUGGAAAAUAUUAAAAAAGAUACUUUUGUAACUGAGUAUGUUGGAGAAGUCAUUACUUCAGAGGAAGCUGAAAGACGAGGGAAAAUCUAUGAUGCCCAAGGUUGCACAUAUCUCUUUGAUCUAGAUUACGACAAAGGAGAUCAGAAUCUUUACACAGUUGAUGCUGCAAAAUAUGGGAAUGUAUCACAUUUCAUCAACCACUCGUGUGAUCCAAAUCUGGUUGUCUUUAACGUGUGGGUGAACUGCCUUGACCCUGAUCUUCCUAGACUUGCUUUAUUCAGUGUAAGAGACAUAAAAAAGGGAGAGGAAUUGACCUUCGACUACAACUCUGGCCUCGGCUCCCAGCAGAUGGCAAACGGAAACUUGGAUCAAGGAAAAGAAUCUAGUGAAGACACCUUUGGAGAGGUCAUAACUCCUCAGAAAAGUGAAGGCAUUAGAGCAGUGUCGACCUCACCAGACAUGAUACUGAAGACGCCCAAGGGAAACAGGGGACUCCAGUAUGGCAAGACUGAAUGCCGGUGCGGUGCUGCCAACUGUCGGAAGUAUUUCUUCUGAUGGGCCGUUGUUGUUGUUAUAUUGCAGACAUAGAAUUUGGUUAUGUAGUUGGAUGACAGUGUGUUUUGGAAUGGUACUUAAUUGAUUCCAGGAACAUUGUUUUUAUUUUAAUACUGAUGGCCUUAUUUAGCCUUGGUGAUACCUGAUAUCCUGUGAUUUUUUUAUUUUUCUUUAUUUUAUGUUAACCGAGAUAGUAGAAAGUUAGGGAGGUAAUUGCUAUAUAGUGUGACACUAUAAAAAAAGCAAUAAGAAAGAUUUUAAAAUUUUAACAAUUCUUCAAAGGGAAUUGUAACAUAUUGAUAUUAUUUAAGAAAUUGAUAUAGUGUCACUUUACUUUGAAAAUAUUAAGCAAAUUUUCUUUGUGAAUUUCAGGGCUACAUUUCCUUCUUUAUUUCCUUAUUAUAGUUACACAGAGCAAACUGAUUCAGUUUCUAGUGUUUUUUGUAGACUAGAUAUUUAUUUUAAAAUUUUGUUAUGUGUACCCUUCGAUAAGUUCUUUUUCUUGAAAUGAUUUCACAACUAAAUCUAAGAAGGUUAAAAGAAGAAAGUAAUAGGUUGAGUUGCUGUUCAUAGAAAACCUAUAUUUAUUCAGAUGUAAGAGUAUGUGUUACGAAGACGACCUUUUUUUUUUAACAAAUUGUAUUUUAGGAUGUCUCCAACAAGUUACUUUUAGUAUUAAAGAGACGUUGAUGGUCUUCACA